CCGCAAGGUGUCGCUAAAAAUCAUUUUCCUGUUUAGUAAAAAUGGAUUUUAUAAAACAUGUUCGUGUUUUUCAUCCAAAGCCAGAAUAGAUAAUAGAAGAAAGCCUUUUUAUUCAUCUUUCAGUAAUGGAUAUAGACGAUUCACCACGUAGUGGAGGCAGUACUCCUGUUAUGGAUGAACCAACCUACCACGAGGAGGAAUCUCAGCAGGAGAUGGACAUAAACAAAGCAGAAAGUGACAAUGAGGGGGAUGGUGAAAUUAAAUCUCCCAGAAAUAGAGACUCUAAUAUGGACGAUGAUUAUGUAAGUGAUGGUGGAGAGGUGGAACGAGAGGAAGUGGAGAGGGACAUGGCAGAUGACGACGAGGGGCCAGCAUCUCCAGAAAGUGGACCAAUGUCUCCUGAAGGGUCAAAUCCAGCCUCUCCAGCAGACCCACAGUCUCCCAUGGAUGGACCUAGGUCACCAGGCUGUCCAGAGCAGGAUGAAGGACCUGCAUCACCAGCUGGAAGUUAUGAGGGACCACUAUCCCCGCCAGGCAGCGGGAGUCCACCUGGAUCCCCAGAAGAAGGUCCUCUGUCUCCUCCUCCCUCACCCGCUUCUCCUGGGGCCCAAGGACCAGCCUCACCAGAUGGCAGUGGUCCUGCUUCUCCGGAUGAACCAAGGUCUCCUGGAUCUCCCGGGUCCAAUAGAAGUAGAAGCAGAUCUCCCACUCAAAGUCAAAAUGGCUCUCCUAGAAGCAGAAGUAAUUCACCAGAUCACAGUCAAAGGAGUUCUAGAAGUAGGUCUGGUUCACCAGUCAGAAGUCAGUCAGGAUCUCCAGCAAGGAGUCGCUCAGGUUCUCCUAGAAGCAGGUCUGGAUCACCAGUGCGGAGUAGGUCAGGUUCACCAAGAAGCAGAUCAGGUUCACCAAGAAGUAGGUCAGGUUCACCAAGAAGUAGGUCAGGUUCACCUAGAAGCAGAUCAGGUUCACCAAGAAGCAGAUCAGGUUCACCGAGAAGUAGGUCAGGUUCACCAAAAAGCAGAUCAGGUUCACCGAGAAGUAGGUCAGGUUCACCAAGAAGUAGGUCAGGCUCACCAAGAAGUAGGUCGGGUUCAAGAUCUAGAUCAAGAAGUCGAUCUGGCUCUAGGAGUCGCUCUGCAUCCCCAAGAAGCAGAUCAGCAUCACCAGUAGCUGGAAGUGAUGAAGAAAAAGAGAAAGAAAAAGCACCAGGCAGUGAUGAUGAAAAUGACACAGAUAAAGAUGAGUUAAUCGCAGACAUUUUUGGCUCCAGUGAUGAGGAUGAGGAGUUUGAGGGUUUUGAAGAAGCUGAUGUGGAAGCAGCAAAGAAGAAAAAAGAGAAGAAGAAGGGAAAGGAGUCCAAGGCUAUCGUGUCUGAUGACGAGGAGGGGGGAGGAGUCACGGGGGUGGUGGAGGAGCCCCAGGGGGUACUACCAGAUGUGUCCUCAGAUGAAGAGGAGGUCAACAAAAAUGACAUAGUGUCAGAUUUUGAUUUAAUGUUGAUGAGGAAAAAAGAAGAAAUGAGAAAAAGAAAGAAACGUCGGCGGGAUGUGGACAUCAUAAACGACAAUGAUGACCUUAUUGCUGACAUGAUUGUCAAAAUGAAGGAAGCUGCAGAGGAUGAUCGUGAACUCAACAUGCAGAAGAAACCAGCCAUUACUAAACUGAAGAUGUUAAGUCAUGUCGUAUCUCAACUGAAGAAAGCUGAUCUUCACUCGGCCUUUCUGGACUGUGGGGUGCUCAGUGCUAUGACGGAAUGGCUGGCUCCUCUACCAGACAAAAGUCUGCCCCAUUUACAGAUCCGAGAAAAAUUUCUACGCAUCCUACAAGAGUUUCCUGCCAUCAGUCAAGAAGGACUGAAGGGAAGUGGCAUUGGUAAGGCCAUUAUGUAUCUGUAUAAACAUCCAAAGGAGACCAAAGAAAACAAGGAGAGGGCUGGCAAACUCAUCAAUGAAUGGUCCAGACCCAUCUUUAAUCUGACUUCUAACUUCAAGAUGCUGUCCAAACAGGAAAGAGAAGAGAGAGAUUAUGAGCAGCUGCCAAAGAAAAGAAGAGUCAGUGCAGAGGGAAUGACUCCCAGGAGAGACAUUGACAAAGCUUUAGUAGGAGAAGACAAACAGCUAAGACCAGGUGAUAAGGGUUGGAUAAACAGAGCUAGAGUACCUAUGCCCUCGCACAAAGACUACGUUGUACGUCCCAAAUGGGCAGUAGAGGAAGGAAUGCAAGGAAAGAGCUCUGGCAAGAAAGCCCCAUCAAGGUAUGAUAAGCAUGUUAGAGCAUUCGCAGAAAAGAAGAAGUUCAGUAAGGCUCAGAGGGCAGUUACUAUCAGUAUAGAGGGCAGAAAUAUGGCCCUCUGAAGCGCCAGAUGUUGGGCACUAACAAGUCUCUAGAGUUGUGAAGUUAGUAAACGUAUCAGACAGAAUAUUUUGGUUGGACUCUCAUAGGAAAAAAUAUGAAUACUGAGUAUGUGAGAACAGCCAUUUUGAAAUUACGAAUUUUGAAAUGAAUGAGAAAAAACAAGUGUGUUUUCCUGAAAGGAAUAAAAGAUAUUCAUCAUAAUUCAUGGGUGUGUAACUGAACGCUAUCAGCCAUUGCAUAGGUAUCAUACAUGUUGUGAGGAACUGUUUUAAGGACAUAGUCGGUGCGGAGACGGAUAAUCACAUGAUGCUCGCUGUUAAGACAUGGAAUGCAUGUGUUUAUUACCGGUACUCUUCAUCUGUGAAUCAGGAGCAUUUUAUUUCUUUAUGGCAUCUUCUUAAAAUGCUUGAAAUAUUUUGAAAGGUUUUGGAUUUACAGACAGAGAAUAUUUUCCAGGCAUUGUGUACAUGUACUACAUCAUAUUUUAUAAUUCACAAUUUUGUACAAACUUUAUAUCUUUUAAAGGUAUGAAAAAAGACAUUCUGUAUCUGAUUUUCAGCUUAAAUUAGCUCCAUUUAUGUCCAUUCUCAUGAUUUCAUAUUAAAAGAUUGUUGAUACAGAUACAGUUUUAAAUGGAAGUGCUGUUUUUUCCCCAUUCCAUUAAAAACAGAAAUAAAAGUCAUUUGUCCUCUU